AUUUUGUCCACUCGCGGACACGGUAGUAAUGUUCUAGCAACACCAAGCAAGAUUUCUUCAGGAGAAGUUACAUUUUCACCUCUAAAAGGAUGGAGGGGGAGCCUCUUUCAGCCCUGUGCUCUCCAGCUCUGGUGGUGGACGUGGACAAAGUGAAGCGAAAUGCCCAGAGGAUGAUCGAGCGCUGGCAGAAACUGGGAGUCCAGCUUCGCCCACACAUGAAGACCCACAAGACCCUGGAGUGUGCCGACAUCAUGACCGGUGGAUCCCGGAGGUGCAUCGUGGUUUCCACCCUGGCAGAGGCCUGCUUCUUUGCUGACAGUGGCUUUGACGACAUCCUCUAUGCGUACUGUCUGCCUUUUGAUAAGGUGGAGCGUUGUGCAGCGUUGUCAGAGCGACUGGAGCUUUUCCAGGUUUUACUGGAUCACCGGGAUGCGCUGGAGCAGCUCAGGAAGAGGCCGCUGAGAGACGGUCGGAAAUGGCACGUCUGGCUGAAGGUCGACUGCGGCAAUGGAAGAGCCGGCAUCCUGCACUCGGAGCCCGAGGCGCUGAGACUGGCUGAAGCCAUCGCGGAGACGGACGGCGUGGAGCUGACGGGGGUGUAUGCACACUGUGGAAACACCUACAACUGCAGAGGAGCAGAGCAGAUACAGGCUGUCGCCCAGGAAACCACGCAUUUCACUCUGCAGUUCAUGGAAAAACUGAAGGCUGUUGGCGUCACCUGCAAGUCGAGCAUUGGCUCCACCCCUUCCUGCAGUCAUCCAGUCGGAGACAUGGCGCAGCUCAGCGAGGUGCAUCCCGGAAACUACGUCUUUUAUGACGUGCAGCAGUCCAUCAUUGGCUCGUGCUCCCUGGAGGACGUGGCCGUCAGGGUUCUGACCAGAGUUAUUGGACACUGUCCCCACAGGAACCAGCUCCUGGUCGACUGUGGAUGGUGUGGACUCAGUUUGGAUGGAGCCGGAAAGCUUCCAACUGGAUAUGCUGUUAUCGAAGGGCAUCCAAACCUGAAGUUGUCGUCGAUGACGCAGGAGCAUGGAAGAGUGGAGCCCAUCUCAGGGCCACUGGACUACAGCAAAUACCCCCUGGGCUCUCUGCUCACCUUGAUCCCGUAUCAUGCAUGUGCAACAGCCAUGAUGCAUCCUGUGUACUACAUACACAGCGAGGGUCGUCUCCUGGGGAAGUGGACGCCCACCCGGGGGUGGUGAUCAGCACCUUGUAUGGAGCGAACUGAAAAGAAGAUGUAGAAAAAGAGUUUUUCAAACAGUCUGUAGUUUCACCAGUCUUGGUAAUCCCUGUCAGUAAAAGACAUGUACGAUCGUUCCGAGUUAUGUACUUUUGAGUCAUACUAAUUUCAAAACUUAUGGACGGAUUAUACUGAAAUUUUCAGGAAAGGAAAUUUUGAAAUGGGACCAGGACCAAGGGAACGAUUUUGGGAGUGAUCCGUAUUAAAUCAUGGAUUCUGGAUUAAUUUGAAAUUUUUGUUUACAUCACGAUAAAUGAAAAGUAAAAUAUUAAUUGAUAUUUGUCUAAAAUAGCAGGAAUGAUUGGCUGACAAAAUUACAAUAGUAUUAUUGAUCAUUUUUUUUAAGUUUGAUCUGGAUUCUGGCAAGAUUGUAGAUAGUACGAUCGAGAACAGAAAAAAAAUAGGGAGAGGGGGGCAUUUUCAUCACUGUAAGGUAACAAAUGAAGGUCUUGGUAUACAACUAACACCAAACUGGAGCUGGAUGGGUUUACUCUAUCUUCGACAGGUAGAAUAAACUACAUCCAGAAGCAAGCAGUUUUACAUAAAAAUCAACUUGCUGGUGUGUUUCAGUGUUCAAUAAAUCUCACGUAGGAUUUAUUUUUGUUAUAAAUUAAAAUUUGGGGGGUUGGGGGACUGAGCUGUUUGGUGCAGGUCUGUGCUGUCUGAGUGCUUUUUCUAGUUUGUCAUUAGUUUUACCACACCUUUGUUUUUUUUUCUUUCCACUAUUUUUAGCCUGGCUUUAUGCCACAUUCACCAUAUUAUCACUACUGUUUUUACUUCUGAAAUAAUCCCAUUCUCACUCUGAAAACUCUGAGAUUUUAGGGUAAAUUUGUCUCUGUGUCAUUGUUUUGAUCCAGACAAAAUUUUAUUUGAUAUGGUCAAUAAAAGCAUUUAUUCUGAUUCCCUAGCAGCUGUCCUUUUACAAUUCAU